AUGUCUUACGACCGAGUCCUCCCCAAUCCGGCUUCUCUUCGCUAUGAGUCUGCUCCAGUUUCCACGCUGCCCAGACCCAGCGAUUUACUCGACCACAAAAUUAUGAAUGACCAUCUGCCAAAAUCCUCCUACAUGACUUUGCCGCACCGACCAGGUCCAUUGCCAGCUUCUGCUUCUGCUUCUGCUAUACCGACGGGCAAUGAUACGACAAGAUAUGCAUCUGAUAUGCGGCCAAAUGGCGUGGUUCAGACACACCAGCAAUUCGCUUCGUAUGAUCGACCACGAGCUUCGAUGAAGAAUGGUCCUGCUCUUUCACCUGUGCAACGGCAUGUCAAGCCUGGUCCGAUGAUCUCCACGAAUGAGAUGGCCAGAGAUCGGAGUGCUUCGUCCUCUGGCAGCUCGAGCCCGACCAAGUCGGUCAAGAAUGACGGUGUGCAGUUUUGUUUGUGCCAGCCGGACCCGAAGAUCCCGAGACCUCGUAAUGCUUUUAUUCUAUAUCGUCAGCACCACCAGGCGGGUGUCGUGCUUCGCAAUCCUGGUAUGGCCAAUCCGGAGAUUUCCAAGAUCAUUGGAGAACAGUGGAGGCAGCUCUCGGAGGAGGAGAAGAGCCAAUGGAAGGCCCUGGCGGAGGAAGAGAAAGUUCGUCAUGCCCAGCAGUAUCCUGAAUACCGCUACCAACCAAGACGAGUUGGCCGCGAUGGUUCCUCUCGCAACGCUGCCUCGGGCAUCAGUCACAAUCCCACUGGCAGAUCAACUUGCAAUCGAUGUGGUGGCCGCGUCAUGAAUGCCCCUGCGUCUCCGAUGACUCCAUUCACCCCGAUGGUCGGCCAGGGCCACCGCGGCAGUUUCUCGGGUCCACCAUCCCGUCCGCAUACUCUCACUACCACCGUGAUGACAGCCAGCAGCUCACAAUGCCGCGACAAGUCUGACAGAGUUCCCAAACCCAUCCGCAUUGAUCAGAUUGAACGGCCUCGACAGAGGAAAAUGGAAGAUGACGACGUCUUGUCUCCUGAGCUUAAGCGUCGUCGUCUUUCGCAUACCUCGCUGAAGCCACACAUGCAUGCUCAUCGAGACCGUAGCCCUGAAUCGCCGUAUCCGGUUACCCUGUACAGCGCCACUGCCAAUGUCCAUCAUUCUCGUGGUAUGUUGCCUAUGGGAAUGCACUCUCGAGCAUACGGAGGCGCACCAAGCCAGUCGCAACAUCAGUCUCAGCCUGAAGGCCAAGCCCUAGAUCCAAGCUUGAAGCUCCCACCUCUGCAAACCGCCAUCCCCUCGACACCACUGACGCCAUUCUCAACGGCGGAGUCCAGCGUCGAAGCCGCUGUCAUGACAAUCCCAUUCCUAAACAAAAUCAAGCUUCUCGCCAAGAUCUCCCCUCCCCUCGUCCCAUCCUUCCGUGAGACUUCCUCCCGAGGACCCGUCAUCGCCGUCGACGGCCAAGACCCAGACCUCGUCCGCACAACUGUCGAGUACCUGCAACGCCUCCUCCAAAAGGAAGACAAAUUCAGCGUGCGGGUCUUCGAAGGUCCAGACGUUCAAGCCCCUCGCCCUUCAGAUACGGGUGGACCCAUGGGCGAUGCCACAGUUGAUUACCUGAACACCAUCUCCGCCUGGCACAGGAUCUCAGACGAUAUCAUCAGCUUCGUCAAAUCGAGCGCCCCCCAAUCCCCAGGAACAGAAACACCCACCAACGCCGACGUCAACGCCAACGCCAACGCAGACACCUACACAACCACCCACUCCACCGAAAAAGACCGCGCAACACCAGACGGCUCCGCCUCCCCACGAACAAUAAUCCCUAAAACAGCAUCUCUCAACAUCCACUCCCCCAAAUCCACCUCCACAGACUCAGACACCCCCAUGACAACACCCAGCACGACACCCUCAAGUCUGGCCCACGGCCCCAGUCCCGCGCCUACACGCACACCUCCACCGUCCUCCCCGUCCACCUCUAGCUCUACGCCAACGCCUAUCGCUCUCGUCCCACGCUACCAACUCACCACCGCGGAUACAUUCGCCUGCAGCAUUCCUAUCAACGACUCGUACGCACCGCUGGAUCACUGGCAGUGGAUGGCAAGUCUGUGGCGGGCGUGUGUGGGCCCUGAUAUCACGGUUUAUGUGAGGGAGUGUCCGAGGGAGGAGGUUGAGAGGGUGGGUGCUGUGGAGGUGAGAUUUGGGGAUGCGAGGACGGUCGUUUUGAGGAGGGGUUUUGGGGGGAGUGCGAGUGGGAUUGAGGAGAAGGUUUUGAGGAGGUUGGGAUUUGAGAUUGAGGAUUAUUUGAUGCAGUGA